AGACCCAGAGUUGCCUACCGGUUGGCUCACAAGCUUUCCACUAUUGUUUCACCCCCAGCCCCGCCGUCUUUUUUUCGUGUCCUCUAUGGCCAAGGAGUUGCUAAGGCCUCCUGGGAUCCUGGGAACCCCAUCUUUGAGCUCCGCCCCAAAGCCCCACCCCUCUCUAGGAGGGAAAAGGCACCUGCUGGUAGCUCUACUCACAGGCACUGGGACCAGGAGCUGGAGGACAGAAAGACUGCUGCUGCUUGCUGCAGCCUGGGCCAUGGACCCCCAUGAGAUGGUUGUCAAGAAUCCAUACACCCCCAUCAGCAUCCCUCGGGCUCACCUGAGGUCUGACCUGGGGCAGCAGUUAGAGGAGGUUCCUUCUUCAUCUUCCUCCGCUGAAAUUCAGCCUCUACCCUCAGGAACCUAUGCCCCAGAGCCAGCGGGCCUCUCGAAAACGACUGAAGCCCCAGAGCCAAAGGGUGUCAAGGGCAUCAAAGGUACAGCUCCUGAGCAGAGCCAACAGACCUACAACCCCUGCAACCCCUACAACAGCGGUGGGCAGCGUCCCUCAGGACUGACUUAUGCUGGUCUGCCGCCUGUGGGGCGUGGCGAUGACAUUGCCCACCACUGCUGCUGCCUGCCUUGCUGCUCUUGCUGCCACUGCCCACGAUUCUGCCGUUGUCACAGCUGUUGCUGUGUUGUCUCCUAGCCCGA